GCAUUUUCUGUAUAAGUUUGUCCUUCUCUCAUUGAGUCUACAGAAUACUCGCGUUAGGUUGCAAAAUGGCGUCCAAGUGUGUUCACAAAGGGUGCGGCAAGGAAUUCUCCAACGCGGACGAGGACUGCGUUUACCACCCGGGGCCACCAGUGUUCCACGAGGGGCAGAAGGGCUGGAAAUGCUGCAAACCCCGCGUCCUCACCUUCGAAGAAUUCCUGGCAAUUCCACCCUGCACCACGGGCAAGCAUUCAACAGUCGACGACACGCCCGUCGAGCCCCCAAAGAAACCAGCCGAUGAUGCUGCUGCUGCUGAGAUCCAUGCCCCUAAACCAGUGACUGUUGAGUCGUCGCGACCAGCUGUCGCCCCGGCCGCUGCGCCUACGCCUCCUGCCCCCGCUACACCUGUUCCCGAAGAGCCGGAAGAUGAUGACCCGUCUCUCGAGAUCCCUGCGAAUGCUACUUGUCGCCGGAAAGCGUGUAAUGCGGGCUACGAUCCGUCCAUACCGCGAGAGGAAGAGAAAUGCGUGCAUCAUCCCGGACAGCCUAUUUUCCACGAGGGGAGCAAGGGAUGGUCGUGCUGCAAGAAGAAAGUGUUGGAGUUUGAUGAGUUUUUGAAGAUCCAGGGCUGUCAGGAGCGGACGAAGCAUUUGUUUGUUGGGAAGGGGAAGCCGGCUGGGGAAGAGAAGGUCGAGACCGUGAGGUCCGACUUCUACCAAACACCCGCGUCGGUGAACGCCUCACUCUAUUUAAAGAAGAUUGACAAGGAGCACGCCAAAGUCAACUUCUCCGCCAACUCGAUCGACUUCGACCUUCCGACUACCGAUAACAAGCGGUUCAAGGAUACAUACUCACUAUUUGCGUCGAUUGACCCUGAGAAGUCGCAUUUUCGGGUAUUGGGUACGAAGUUGGAGUUGACGUUGGUCAAGGCGGACGGGACAAGCUGGCCGGUACUGCGCAGCGACGACAAGUGGAGCGGAGAGAGAAUUCAAAUUGGAAAUGCUGGACGGGUGUAGUAUGAUACGAUGAGAUUGGCAUAAGAUAAGCACGUAGUCUUUUUGAUACGCAUUAUAUUCAUUUCACUCUUCAACAUUCUCUAUCGCAUGGACGAAGCAGAGCAAAAAGCAGAGCAGCCAGUACAACAUAAAGCACUGUAGAAAAAGGGGGAUUUGG